GCCAGGUGGAAGCAGAAGCCGAGAAAAGGUCACUGACCCCUCCCAUGCCGUCUCUAAUCUGGGUUGAAAGCGACGCAAGAAUAAACGAAAAGAAGCAAGUGGGUCCCCGUUCAGAAGCGGGAACGGGCCUCGCCAUUUCGCGACUUGGCCGAACGAUGCAAAGCGGGUGCAGCCACACGUGACAGGCCCCACAGCGCUCGAAAACCGACUGUGGACGCUCGCUAUUUCCAAGAUGAGGGCUCCCUGGGUGUGGUGGAUUUCCAGUCUGCUGAUUUCCUGCUCGGCAUUAGCCGGAGCCGCACCGGCCUCUCAGGAGUGGCGUCUGCGGUAUGCGGCGCUGGCCAUGAGGGACCCGGAGUCGUGCCGGCUGGAGCCCGAGCGGGGCCUGUGCUACGCGGCCUUCACGCUCUACUACUUCGACGCCGCGGCGGGCACGUGCGAGGAAUUCCUUUACGGAGGCUGCGGUGGCAACGCCAACCGAUUCGGCUCACUCGAGGAGUGCCUGGCCACGUGUGCCAGCGCGAUUGCCGCUGCCGGCAAGGCGCAAAAGGCGGCACAGCCAGCGAACCACCGAUCAGGAGGCGACGCUCCUUCGCCCAGCGCCGCCUCGCAUGCAAAUGGUGCCGCGGGCCUCGAGGCACAAGCGACGAGAUCGCGGACGACGCCGACACCGUCCACGCCGGAGGCAGAAAACCGACGAGUGGGGCCCGCCUCGAUGCACGAGGCGGCAACUUUUAUUUCCUCGGAUUUGCUCGGCCCACUCGACGGGGACCAAGUGUGGGAUGCUGCGCGGCUGUAGCUUCGCCGAAGUGACACGAAAAAAAAAGUCGCACUCGACUAAA